AUUACAACUGAAAAAAAGAGAAUACUAAAAAAGAAAAACAUUUGGAGAAGAAGACGAUGAUAUAAGAGAGUGGUGUGGUUUUGAAGGUUUAAUGCAUUGUUUGUAUCAUCGUCGAACAUGGAUUCCAUUAACACUUGCUGUGACCAGUGGAAGAACAAAUACUUGAAAGCUCAAGAAUCGCGUAAUGCUCUUCGUCAAGCUGUCAAGUUUCUCGAACAAAAAAUCAAUGAAAUUCAAUCCCACAACAACAACAACAACAACAACAAUGUGUGUGCUGUAAAAAUUGAAUCUGGUGAAAAAUUGGAAGAACUUAAUGUUGGGGUGCCCGCGGAGAAAAAUGAAUUCUGUAGCUUCAAAUCUCGGAUUGUUCCAUCUGUUCAUCGAGGAUGUGAUGGGGGUACUCGGGAUGGGGACGAAAAUGAGAAGGUAUUAUAUUUUCAAGCUUGUAUAGCUGAGAAGGAUAAGGAAAUAUGUAGUUUGAAGGAGCUUCUGGAGACUGAAAAGAGAAGGGUUGACUCUAAGAGGAAAAGAGCUGCGGAAACUUGGAAGUUGCUGGAACAAGAAAAGAAUAAGGGGGCGCAGAUUGCAAGAAUUACAGCAGAGAAGGCUGAGGGGUAUAGGGUUCAUAUUGAUCAAUUGGAGAAACAAUGGAAAACCAAAUACUUGAAAGCUCAAGAGUCACGUAAUGCUCUUCGCCAAGCUGUCAAGUUUCUUGAACACAAAGUCAAUGAAACUGAAGCCCGCAACAACAAUGUAUGUGUUGUCAACAUUGAAACAUCUGUAGAGAAUAAUGAACUCUGUAGCUUCAAGCCUCGGAUUGUUACGUCUUUUCAUCGGGGAUGUGAUGGGAAUGUUCGUGAUGGGGACGAGAAUGAGAAGGUAUUAGGUGUACAAGCUUGUAUAGCUGAGAAGGACAAGGAAAUCUGUAGACUGAAGGAGCUUUUGCAGAUUGAAAAGAGAAGGGUUGAUUCUAAGAGGAAGAAAGCUGCCGAAACUUGGAAGUUACUGGAACAAGAAAAGAAUAAGGGGGCGCAGAUUGAAAGAAUUAAAGCGGAGAAGGCUGAGGGGUAUAGGGUUCAUAUUGGUCAAUUGGAGAAACAAGUUAGUGAAGCUAAACAGAAAUUGAAAUCCGAGAUGUCUGCAUUCAAAGCUGCCACCAGAAGGUAUGAAUGUAAAAAGCGCAUGAUAUUAGCAGAGAAAAGAAAAGCCGAGUUAGGGAUGGUAAAAGCUAAUCAAAAGUUGGAGGAGGUUGAAAAGCACAAAGCCAUUGAGAUGGUUAAAUUAGAGCAGCAGAAAGCGCUUGCAGAAGAUAACUGGAACAAGUUCUUGAAAGAGAAAUGUCGCGCUGAUCAGAUGUCUCAGCAGCUAGAAGAGGAUAAGAGGACAAUUGAGGAUUUGAAGAGGAAGAUGCAUGAGCUCUCAUCCCUGGGAAAACACACCGUAAUGGAUGCUGAUAUCAGUGUGAAAGCUCAAAGUAGUCAAUGUUCUAAAGUGAACCAUUUGAAUAACAAUCUGACGGUCGAAGCAAAGUAUACCAAGCAAAAAUAUAAGUUUGAAGCAAGUUGUUACAGUAUUUUAGGACACAAAUUAGGUAGUCUAAAGAUUGGUUUGGUUCAGCUUCUACAACGCUUUGAUGUACUAGAUGCGUCCUUUUUUCCUGUUUCAGGAAGCACACGUGACCAAACAAAGAAGUUUUUCGACGUGGAUAAUGUUGGUUUGGUGGUGACUGUUUUGAAGUCUCUAGUUAUGUUGCUUGAGGAUGAGAGCCUAUCUGAUGUUACUGCUCCUUGUCUUCCUUCAAUAAAUCAGCCACAUAAUGAAUUUUGCACAAGUGCUAGUUGCCCGUUCUUAGAAGGCACUGAAUCCAUUAAUGCAAUUGCAUGCUUGCUCUUAGAAGAGAUAAAGAACUGUUGGCCUCAAGGGAUGAAACAAGUUGAUUUGUCAGAUUCUGGAUUAAUGCCAGGCAAUGAUAAUGUUGGACAAUGGUCUAAUUGGGAAGCGGAUCAAUGUGCCACUAACAAGAAUAAUGUUGUGUCUGGUUGUUUGAAAAAGUGCUUGGUUUCUGAUACUCGACCACAUGCUCUUAAGAAUGCCAUCCUCUGUCACCUUAGUGAUAUGUUGUCAUUGGUGGAACUGGUAGCAAACAAAAUGAGCUGGCACUGGACUAAUGCCAGACUUGUUCCUCAGCUGCUAAAUAUGCUUGAUACAUGUGUAGAGGAGAAAAUUGCUGUUGCUAUUAGUGUACUUCUCGGUCAACUUGGGAGGAUUGGAGUUGAUAGUGGUGGAUAUGAAGAUCGAGGAGUCGAGAACAUGAGAUGUAAUUUGUAUGCUUAUUUAUGCCGCAUCUCUUCCAUGAAAGCAGGCUUUUCUCUUCAAAUUGCAACUGCUAAUACUCUAUUUCUCCUUCUCCCUCAUGGUUUUGAAACCCUUUUCCAUACUAACAUCAGUCUUUCAGCAUAUUCUAAGUCUGUUUCGGACAGCGUUGAAACUUUGAGAAUGUGGUUCUUUGGGCUGGGUAAAGAUCAACAAAUUUUGCUAUCUGGUAUUUUAACACAAACUGAUGUAUAUAACAAGAGAAAUUUGUCUGUACUUUCACAUUUAAAAUAAGAUUCCCAAGUCGAUGAUUCAUUUUCAUUGUUCUUAGGAAAAUUUCGUAGAUCAACCGAUUACUUGGAAAUUAGUUGAAGUUGGUUCAAUCGGCUUUUAAGCCUUCAAUUUGGCUUACAUACUGCUUUUGUGCUUCUUACCUUUGCACGUAACUUUUUUUCCUUCUCUUGGGUUGCAAACUUGUAAAAAAGAAAUGCUAUAUUUAAUUUAUCCGAGUAAAAGGUGUCUAGUCUAACAAUAUCGAUGUUGUCAGUUGUGCUAGGUUUUAAGGAAGAAAUGUUAUAUCUGUUAUUCAA